AGUUCACUCUCAAAGCUCGGCUCGCGAGGUUGUUUAUAGCGCCGCGACUGCGGGAUUGCCAAUAAGGAUUCCUUUCCGGGUAGUUAAAGCCUGGCUGGCUUGCUCACUAAAGGCACGCCACAACGGCCUGUGUGUGUGCGUGUGUAUCUGUGUGUUGCGGUCCUUUUUCCCGGCAGGCAGUGCCUUGUAAACAAAAAUAACUCUGCUGCCGCGGCGAGGUUGCCAGCGAGGGUGGUUACAACCCCCAAAUCUGAAACAUCCGACGACAAAAGCAACUACAAAGCUCCGCGCAGGAUAAUUGGCAAGGGCACUCCUGGCUGCCAACUUUUUCGGGGUUGCAGACAGUCGGCAAACAAGCUGCGAAUGCGACUUUAAACGUCCAUAAACAUUCAGCCACAAAACGAAAUAACGAAAUAAAAAACAACGAUUGUUCGGUUUAACUGGGCAUCGAAGUACCUCGCAUCUGGUAUCUGCAAGUGAAACUGCUACUGCAUCUGUAUCUGUAUCUAUUUGUGAGCGGCGAAAAUGAGCGAAUCCAGUGGCUAUCAGAAAAUGCCGCCCGGCUGGGACUGCAAAUACGAUCAAGCAACUGGAAAUUGCUAUUACAUAAACUAUCUGACGAAGGCCAUGCAGCUGGAGGAUCCGCGCGGCCGCAGUUACAGGCAGUUGCAGAACGAGCGCUGUUCCACGGAGUCGAUAGCCUUGCAGCAGUUGGUCAGUCAGCCGCAGACGUCGCACAACAGCUCGCCGUACCACGUCCAUCCCAGCAAUAACUUGACUGCCAUUCGGGCGUUCCAGGAGCGCCAGCAGCCCACGCUGCACAACGUCUCGACCAGUCCACUGCUGUCAACCUCCUCCGGCGGACACUUGGAAAUGUCCUCACCUCUGCCCUUUCAACGAGCUCGCGUGGGACCGAAUCUCUCGCGGCGCUCCACCAUUCAGGAGACCUCGUUUACCACGCAGGCGGAAACGGAUGCAGUGGUGACCAAGAUCCAGAACAUGUUCCCCACCGCAGGCGAGAACCAUAUACGCCUCCUGCUCAAGCGCUACUACAAUAGCGAGGCGGUUGUCAUCAGUGCUCUGCAGGUGGAGAAGCACCCGGUGACCAUGCCCGGUCCCUUCGUGACGCCCCCUUCGCAGCGGCACCUCUUCCACAGCAGCUCCGCCUUCUACAUGACCCCACCGGCACGUCGGCCGGACACGGUAGCUAGUCGGCGCACGUCGCGCACGGCCAGUCCCCUGCCCGGUGGACGCUUCGGUAGUCUCGUGAGCGUGCAGAGCGGUCCUGGCGGUCCAGGCGGCCACCAGGUGGUCCUGCCACCCAGCUCGGCUGUUCCUGCAGCUCUGCACGGAUCGCCCCUGUGGCGCAGUUCGCCUAGGCCGCACUCAUCGCCCAAGAUGAAGCUGAGAUACAUGAAGAACAUAUUUCCCAAGGCGGACGAAGAGCUGCUCCUCGAUAUCCUGGCCAAUGCGGACAACAAUGUCCAGUUUGCAUCGCAGAAGCUGAUUUCUUUGGGUUACACAAAGCGCGACAUGCAACAGCCACACAGACCCAACAAUCGGCCGCCGGAUUUAAAUACAGAUCACGAGGCUGGAGGGGAUCAGGGUGGUGUACAUAUACCACUGAGACCUAAGGAAUACACAGAAGAGGAGAAGACCAAAAUGCAAACUUUGCUCAAGGAGAAGUACCCACAGAUUGCCGAGCGCAUUAUCCUAAUGGCUUUGGAAUCCGUAAACUAUGCAGAGGAUAGGGCUUCUCAAAUCCUACAAAUUGUGCAGGACGAGGACGAGCAGCGGGCGCAAAAGCAGGCUCCCACGAAUCCCAAGCACCUGGAUCUUAAGAAAACCACAGGAACCGAUCAGGUUGAUGCUGCCAACCAGAAAGACAGCCUGCCCGCCGUGGUGGAGCCCACCACCUCAUGCAAGCCGAAGCCACCGCACAAGCGCCACAUUCUACCAUCGAUCAAUGUCACCACACCAUCGACGUUCACCACCCAGAUCAUUUUGGCCCAGGCCACGCCCACGCCAACGCCCACAGCAGAGGAUACGAAGCUGGAGACCCAUCUGUCAUCCAUCUCCAGUGCUUCCUCAUCGCAUUCAUAUGCCUCACCCGCACAAUCACCCCGCAUCCGUCCGCAAAGCUACGAACGCCUGACCACCAAGAGCAUCUUGGCCAAGAGCGGCUAUAACCAUUUUGGCCACCAGAGCGAUACCAAUAACUACAGCAUCGACGGCUACCUGCAUGGCUCCUCAAAUGCUAGCUCCUACUCCUCCUACUCCGCAUCAAUGACGUCCUCAUCGCUGGUCUCGUCGGCCCAGUCCAACUCCUCAUCCAUCGCGAGGAGGCCAGCAUUCGAAAGUCGUGCUCGCACCAAAACCGAUUCACUGAAGCAUCGCCAGCACUCCUUUGGAAAUUCACAUAAUUCGGAAUCAGCGGAAUUUCAAUCUAUUAUCGAACGAAUGGCCAGUUUGGGACCCAAUUCCCAGCUAAGCAAGGGUGCAGAUGAAAAUCUUUUGCUAGCCGAUUAUGUCACCUGGAACGGACCCAAUACGAAGCUACUUCAGAAGCAGGUGACUCAUGGACCAGAUGCUAGUCUUCUCACAGAUCGCACCUACAAGCCAAGAGGUGGGAACUCGGAGCUCUGCAAAGGACCCCAGUCCGGAUUGGCCAAGGGCAGUAUCUACGCUCAAGGCAGCAACAAGAGCCCCAACAUCAAAUGCAACUAGGCGGGAGUACGUCUUCUUGAAUCUCCCCAAAAAUGCCAAAGAAGUGAAGAUGCAUCUUAGUAACUAGCCAAGCACCACCCUCCACAAUUAGACUUACCAUUCAUAUGUGUCGUAUAGUGUUUAUUGAUCUUAUCCCAAAAUGGCUACCAAAUUCCACACGAGUACGUAGACUCAACAACAAUAUAAAAACCAUGUCACAUUCCAUCCAAGCUCCAAUUGUUUUUUAGUAACUCGUAAAUAAACAGACUUUAAAACUAA